UGACAGUUGAAAGUGACAAGCCUCGAUUUUGAAAAAUAAACCUUUGAAAUUUUUGAAUUAAAAACAAACAGUGUCUUAAAUAAAUUAUGGACUUAAUAUAAUAAAAAUAGAAUUAUAUGAUACUUUACUCCAUAUUUAAAAAAAAACUGAUAAAAUACAGAUUUGUAAAAAUGCUCUCAACUUUUAAAAAAGUUUUUAAAUUUAAUUCUUCGAAAAGUUCUGAAACCUCUCUUUGUACUAAGUCAUUGCUUUUUGUGAUAAUUGCUAAUGUUUUAGAAGAUGUUUUGUUUUGGAAAAAGACGUGGUUAUCAUUGUUGUUUAUCUUUUAUUUUCAUCUAUUUUUCUUGUAAGUUUAAAGUAUUGAUGAAUUCAAAAAUUUUAGGUAAAACCCUUUUUAAUAAACCCGAUUUUUUUUAGAGUGUGCUUUUUUCGUCAAUUUGAUCUAUUUCAUAUGGUAUGUGGAUUAUCUAUUUUCAUUUUCAUUAUUGACGCCUUGGAAUCAUGGCUAAGGUACAAACAUAGAACAACUUGUCUCAAGCGUUUAGCCCAACAAAGUGACAACAAUAAAUUAUCAUCUAUUUUGAUUCAAACAUACUCAUGGAUGCAGAAUCAAAUGAUUUACUUAUUGGACCUGCGUGGGAAUAAUCCUACCAAAACAUUUUUAAUAUUGGAAAUAGUUUUUGGUACAAUUUUCGUGACUGGCACAUACAUAAGUGGAUAUACAUUGAUGUACAUUUUCUUUAUGGUACUGAUGACUAUAAAUAAAACUUUGCCUCCUUUGUCGACACUAAUGAAAAAAAUUCGACAACCAGCAGAAUCUGAAUUUGAAUUGGAAGGUCUUUUGCCAGAUGCAACAGCUGCUAAUUUAGAUCUACUAUCUAUUGAAGCUGAAAUUAAACCAAUAUAUGAUGACAAACAGAGCUUAGAUUGUUGGAAACCUGAAGAUUUACCUACAGAUGAUGUAAGUGAUAGUUCAGAUAAUAGUAGUUCUCUAGUAACAAAUUUAUCCAUGGAAAAAUUGCAGACAUUAGGCAAUGGUGAAGAAUCAGACUCCAGUGAAGAUGAAUAUAUUCCCCAGGGUGUACAUCCUGAACAAUAUAGGACAUCAAUGGAGAUACAACCUGUUGGUACAUGGAGCAGUUCUGCAUUCAAUGUUAUAUCUUCCUUAGGAGGUGCUGUAGCCAAUAUUGUAUACAGUUCCAAUGAAGAGAAGAAAAGAAAAAGAGUAUCAAGUAUUGAUUCAUCUGAUGGUUUUGAAAUGGUAGAUAAAAAUGAAUUUAUGUAAAUGUAUUUUCUAGUGUUUUAAUAACUGUAUAUAUUUAUUUUUAAAGUACAAUAAAAUAGAGUGGUUUUAAAAACUAAAA